AUGGCAACUGGUGUUGAUGGUAAAAAAGAUUUACAAGAAGAUAUUGAUGAAAGCAAGGGUAAGAAAGACUUACAAGAAAUUAUAGAGCAAAUCAAUGCAGAAGAGCAUUACAGGGUUAUUACAAAAGAGGAGUAUGAACUGUUGAAAGGGCAGAAAAUUCCAACUACCCCUAAGAUUGAACAUGGUUUGAGUCAAGGUACCAUUCCUAAACUUCCACCCUUAGGUCAAGUACCACCCCCAAAUCACAUACCCACACCAGGUUAUUUACACCCGCCAGGUCUUAUGUCAUCACCUCAAUUUUUUAAUAGCUCUGCUCUGUUUCAUCAAAAUAACAACCCUACCCCUGUAAAACUUCCAACUUUUAGCGGUAGUGAGCAAGCUCAGAAAGGUGAAGUGAGCUAUGACGUUUGGUCAUAUGAGGUUAGGUGCUUAAAGGGCCAAUGGCCUGACCAUGUUCUUUUGCAGCCAGUGAGAAGUUCUCUGAAAGGGACGGCGAGAGAAAUUCUGAUUCCACUUGGAGAAUAUGCAACGGUUGAGAACAUCCUCGCAAAAUUAGAACAGUGUAUAUCAAAGGCUGUAAAACUAGGUCAUAUUGAUGUAAAUGCCAAGGACCCCAUGCUUAGAUCAAAGUUAUGGUCAGGUUUAAGAAGUACGCAGUUGAGAAAUGCUACAAGGCACAAGUAUGAGACUGUUAAAGAGUUUCACUCCCUUCUUAGAGAGAUAAGACAGAUUGAGCAAGAAGAAACUAGUCUGAAAUCUGUAAAUUCAGUUCCAAAAUCAAGUGUUGCUAUGUCAAGUAAUGUAGAUUCAAUGACAAUUCAAAAUUCUGAACUGCAAAAUAUGCAAAAACAGCUUACAGAAUUACUUUUUCAGAUGAAGAAACUUGAUAGCAGAAUGAGUAAAAUUGAACAAAGUUCAAAUGCAAAUAAUCAAACUCAAACAACUGGUUUUAAUAAUACAGGUUCUUUUCAGACAAGUACCUCCAACAAUAUUUACCACAGAGGAAAUUUCAAAGGCAGGAGAAAUUUGCCAACAGGGGCAGCAGAGGAAUGUAUUUCCAAUCACAGCAACCUCCAAACCAGCAGCAGCAGACUCAGCAACCAUGUCAACAGAGGCAGUUUAGUCAACAGUCUGGUAACAUGAAUGGGUUUGGUGCAGGUAGUACUUUAAAGUAGUUUCAUCUCCUGUUGCGGGGCAAACUGGAGAUUCAUUUAAAAAUAGCCCUAAUUCUACCAAAAAUCCAUCCAGUCUUUUGUACAGGUUAGUUGGAGAAUCCAGUGAAUCUGAAAUUAUUGUCAAUGGUAUAAAAACUAAAGCUCUCAUUGACUCAGGAUCCAUGAUAACCUGUAUAUCAGAAGAAUUUUUCAGAAAUUUAAACCCUAGGCCUGAGUUACAUGACCUUUCAGAAUUUGAACUCAAUAUUCAGAGCGCUAAUGGCAGUGCUUUGCCAUACAGCGGCUAUGCAGAAAUUGACAUAUGUGUACCUUGUUUUGGUAAAUUUACAUAUACUAUUCCUGUUCUAGUAGUUCCCCAGACAAAUUAUUCAA